AUGCCCUUGCUCGAAGCAGCGCUCCACGAUUGCCAUGUUAUUCGUUGCCGCCGGGUUUAUAAUCUUGACCGUCCCGAUCUCAAGGAAUUAUUUAAAGAUAAGCAGCCGUUUCUUCUAUUCCCUUCGGAGGAUGCCAUUUCUUGUGAAAAUUUACCGGACAAUGCAGCGCUUAUCGCAAUCGACGGCACAUGGAGACAAGCGAGGAACAUGCUCUUCACAUCGACUGGUUUGUCCGAUCUGCCAAAGUGCCGGAUCGACCUUUCAAAGAAGCAAUUCAAAAACCAAUACAUCAUCCGCACCCAGCCCGAGGAAGGCUUCGUCUCUACGCUGGAAGCAAUCGCCGCCGCCCUCGCCGAAUCAGAGUGUAAUCCAUCAUUAUACGAUACGCUCACAGCGCCGCUGCGUGCGCUGUGCGCGAUUCAAUUAGAACACGGCGCACAACAGCACCACUCGAAGCAAGAACUCCUGGCGAAAGGAAUUUGGACCGGUGACAGACCAAAGAAAAACAGAAACAAGCUUAACCGAGAGAGACUCUUAAUCGAGAGAUAUCACCAAAGAUCGAAGCUAGAAGAGAAGGAAGAAGAGAAAAGUCAGACAACCACAACGACUGAAGCCCCGUUUCCGAAUGAUAGCCCCCCGCUCGUUUACUGCCCAUGCUACCACACGGAAACUUGCACCGGCAGAAAUGGCGACAUCGUCCCCUGCGACGAUUCGGGCAAGGAUGCCAUGUCAAAGUGCACCGACGAAAGAAGCAUUAUCAGUAUGGGACAUGAUUUCGUAGAAAAAGACGGCUCCAUCGUUGAAGGUCUUACUGCUCUGGACUUGGUUAAUGGUCGUCACUGUCAAGUUACAGUCGGCUACUUGACUUACUGGGAGGGGCACCAAAUACAGCCAGGACAAGGCAAUGAAGGAAAUGGCCGGACAAAGGAUUCAUGGAGAAGUCGCUUUUCAAAGUACAUUUUACCGAGUUUGGAAUUCGAAAGCCACGGAUCUUGGAGCUCAGAUCGCUGCGAAAACAACGCGGAAUUAACUGCAAUUCCGAAAAAUAUAACAGACACGCUCUUCCCUCCCAAAAGGGAGUACAACUCCGACCCCAAGUACAACAGGCCGAGGAAUUACAAGUACUGCUUGCCGACUGAGAUUCAGUACAAUAAAAUGAAGCAAGAGAAAAUUUUCGACGAUCAAAUCAACCGCGAAAUAGCAAGCCGCAAAUACCCUUUCUACAAGCGGCGAAACUUCUGGAUCAUCACGGGUUGUCUUGGCUUGUUCUUUUUAACGAUUCACCUGAUCAUCAAGCAGAUCCGCAAGAUCGUCGCCUUCGUGCGCACCGAUUUAAUCAUGAACAUCGAGCAGCCUGAAUUGGUGGAGUACUCGACCCGACCGGAGAACAUCUUGGGCGAGGGAGGAUGCGGUCGCGUCUAUGCCGGCCGCUUCCGAGGAAAUAAUGUGGCAAUUAAAGUCAUAGUUGAAGAUAUUUACAGUGACUCGCGAAAAGCUGAGCGCUUGAAGAUGGAAUGUCUCAUUCUUCAUACUCUCAAUCAGCACAGAAACGAGUUUAUUUUGCAAAUCUACUCUCCGAACGUAGAAGUCGUGGCGACGGCGGAUAGACUCGAAGAGAUUGUACUCACAAAGUACGGCUGGGAUAAUAACAAGCGAAAUCUUGACGAUUUGCUGAUGGAAGUUCGGAACAGGUCGAUGUUGAAGCCGGACGACCCGGCGUAUUGGAACGAAGAGCAAGUCAUCCAAAUCGUCUGGCACUACUGCUCCGUCAUUGCCGAUUUCGGACUCUCGUCAAUCUGCAUCAACGAUAUGGGCCGCGAUUAUUUGCGAAAAAAGCAGCAAAGUUGCUUCCCCAUCGGAAAUAUCAAGUCCGUCGCCAAGCAGGUUACUCAGCACAUUGAGUGGCUAAAGUACUUCUCCAAAAAUAAUCAGUGGAACAACAAGGCGCUAGAAUUUAUUCAAAAAGAAGAACAGCGUCAAACUUCUUACUUCACCCGCCACAUCGCCCCAGGCACAAAUCGCUGGCGCGCGCCCGAAAUCGUCUACUCAUCAAAAGAUUACUACUUCAAGCUCUCGAACGAGUAUCACUGUAAAUUGGGAUGUCUGGACAAAUCCGACAGCGAAGCUGGAAGGCUUAUCGUAAAGGAUGUUUGUGGCAAAUGCACAAAGGAGAUCUUCCGCUUUUACAGAAUGAACGACAUUUACGGGGUCGGACUGGUCAUUCUCAGCAUUCUCAAAACAGUGACGGAGAAAGAGAUUUUUGCGAACUUGGACUACAACACUUCGGAAAUCAAAAGCUUCAUGGAGAAUCCAGAAGAAGUUGGCACGAGCCGCGAGCCAAGUUUCAUCACAUCAGAAUAUUCCCGGGACGAAUUCGAUAAGUUCCUUCCGGAGAAGAUUUUGGAGCACAUCCAGCGACAGUCAAUCAGAAGCCGACUCGACUACGAACCUCAUUUGCGCUGCAUCCGCAACAUUGCUGAGCAAUGCUUGCGGCCCAACCCAUAUGACCGCCCAGAAAUAACCGAAGUCUGCGACGAACUGGCCGCUUUUGAAGCAACCAGAAGACCCGGCAAUUCCACUCACUGGUCUCCAAAUACCAGCUCGUUCAAAAAUGAUAAUCACUCGCCUCCAACAGCCACAACGGUGCUUACAAAAUGA